UCUUCAAGGCCAGCUGCGCAACCAAACAAAAUGUCUUCACGUAGCCGAGUUUCAAAGGAUUUCGCUCACUCUCCGUAUUCCCAAUUGUUCUUCCAUGCUGCAUGCCUUUGCAUAUUUCCUCUCUGUACCACUAUACACAGUGAGACUCUAGUGUCACUGACUUGACCUCCCAACACGACCUGACAUCCCAUAUCUGUUCCUCCUCCAUCCUACUCAAACGACCUUAGCGGCAUACUGUGAAAGAUACCUGAUGAUGGGAGAUUCGCGCCCAACACAUGCACACGCUGACGAUGACGGCCACUUCCGACGAAAAGACAGCGCCUUUCGAGACUGGAUUUCUAGUGAAUCAGGCGCUAAAUUCCCUCCCGAGAAAGAUCGAUAUGCGCUAUACGUGAACUACGGGUGCCCCUGGGCACAUCGAACCAUCCUCGUUCGCGGCCUCAAGUCGCUCGAACCGAUCAUCCAAUUGAUCACGACGGACUUCAACCUAACGGAGAACGGAUGGCUCUUCACAGGCCGCAACGGCUCCGAUGGCGCUGACCCUUUAUAUGGCUUCACGAACAUGAAAGAGCUAUAUCUGAAGGCUGAUCCAGAGUAUGAAGGUCGGUAUACCGUUCCCGCAUUGUGGGAUAAGAAGACACAUACGAUCGUCAAUAAUGAGUCAAGUGAAAUCAUUCGCAUGUUGUACGACCAAUUUGAUGAGUUCUUGGAGCCCGAUCAGCGUGAGGCCAACAAGCCAGAAGGUGGGUUCUAUCCACCUCAUCUGCGAAAGGAAAUCGACGCCAUGAACGAGUGGGUCUACAACACCAUUAACAACGGGGUGUACAAGUGUGGAUUCUCCAUGACACAAGAGGCCUACGACUCCAGUGUCUACCCGCUGUUUAAGUCACUUGACCGGCUAGAGGAACAUCUUGCAGACCCUGCACAUCAACCGUACCUGUUUGGCGAGCACAUCACCGAGGCUGAUAUCAGGUUGUACACCACUAUGGCACGGUUCGAUGUGGCCUAUUACAACAUUUUCAAUUGUAAUCUAAAGAUGAUCCGACAUGACUAUCCCCGGCUGUCCAGGUGGUUGCGGAAUCUGUACUGGGACGAGUCUGAUCGGACGAAUGGUGGGGUGUUCAAAAAGACCACCUUCUUCGAAGUGUACAAGUACGGCUACUUGCGGGCCAAGGGUCGUCAGACACACGGAGGCAGCGACGUGGGAUGGCCUGUGGUCGUUCCCCGCGGACCAGUCCCAGAUAUCGAACCUCUGACCGAGGAAGAGGAGCGGGACAUCAUCAACGGCACGAGCAAGAAAUUGAGUGGGUUGAAAAUUGGGAAUGGCACCCCUGCUAGCCCGAGCAGCCACAAUCCUUUCUCGGCACAGGGCGAGGGUCGUGGCAUGGGAGCCAUCUUUGGCACCGACGGUGAUUUGCCUCCAGAUGGUGUUACCAGUCCUGGCGGCGCCACCGCGUCGACGUCUAGAGAAGACGAAGGUGGCGAUGACCCAAAUAAGGUCAUCAAGCGCCGUACCACGCACGGUGAGGAGAACGCCAAAUGGUACAAAGCUGCGAAGAAGGCCGAGAAGAAGCUCGGUGCUCCAAAUAUGCAUCUGGCUCAAUCCUGAGGAGGGUACAGACAUAGGUUCUCCUUCGCAGUAUGAAGAUGAGAACCUGUCGGUUGAGAGGUGGGUAGAUCACAGAAGUAGUUACGAAAUAACGAAUGUGUGGACUGGACGAUGAGACA